UUCACUCUCUCGACUCUUAACCUCUUCUCCUUCUCUGAAACGCGUUUUACCUCUGCCUCCACCGUCCUUGCCGCCGCCGGAGACGUCCUAGCCGGCGUCGGAGCCGUCCUUCCCGCCGCCGUCCUUUCCGCUCUUGUUUUGUGUUCCUUUGUGCACGGUUCUUGCCAUCUUAACCUCUGUUCCAUCUCUCAAAAAUUUGCUGCACCUUGUGCCUCCACCGUCCUUGUCGCCGCCUCCGUCCCUGCUGCGCCGUUACCGCUCUUGUGUUGUGUCCCUUCGUGCACGGUUCGUUGCCCUGUCCUUAGAGUUCAAAAGCGCUCCAUUGUUCCUCUCCUCGAUCAAGCAAUUUUCUUCUUCCUCAUAAGAUGAUGGCUGGUCCAUGUUAGAGAGUGAUGGCAUUGAUGAUGUCACCCUUCUUGUGAAUUCAUCACCCAGCAAAAUGAUGGGUGCAAAUCUUGGAUAUAACAAUGGAUUCCCAUCCAUGACCAGUUCUGUGCUAUGUGCCAAAGCAUCCAUGUUGUUGCAUAAUGUCCCUCCAGCUAUUCUUCUUAGAUUCUUGCGGGAGCACCGAUCAGAAUGGGCAGAUAGCAGUAAUGAUGCUUACUCGGCUGCUGCCAUUAAAGCUGGUCCCUGUAGCUUGCCAGGGGCCAGAGGAAGUUUUGGGGGUCAGGUUAUUCUUCCACUAGCUCACACAAUUGAGAAUGAAGAGUUCAUGGAGGUUAUUAAGCUUGAAAACAUGGGCUACUAUCGAGACGACAUGACUAUGCCUGGUGAUGUUUUCCUCUUGCAACUUUGCAGUGGAGUGGAUGAGCAUGCAGUUGGCACCAGUGCAGAACUUGUUUUUGCUCCAAUAGAUGCGUCUUUCUCUGAUGAUGCACCCAUUUUACCUUCUGGUUUUCGUAUUGUACCUCUUGAUUCUGGCACGGAUGCUGCUAGUCCAAACCGGACACUUGAUCUUGCCUCAUCACUUGAGGUUGGAACCACAGCAAACAAAGCUGCUGGUGCCAAUUCAGGUCAUUCUGGAAGCACAAAAUCUGUGAUGACAAUAGCAUUCCAGUUUGCAUUUGAAGUCCACCUUCAAGAUAAUAUAGCAACUAUGGCCCGACAAUAUGUGCGUAGUAUUGUUGCAUCUGUUCAGAGGGUUUCCUUAGCACUUUCUCCUUCGCGCUUCGGUUCUCAAAGUGCUUUUCACUUACCACCUGGUACUCCUGAGGCUCAAACACUUGCUCGGUGGAUCUGUAACAGCUAUAGUGCCCUCGUCAGACUAAUAAUGUUGAUUGCGGAUAUUAUGUGAUGAAGUUCAUGAAAGAUAUCAUCACUCACCAACAACUUGUGAUUCCAACGAAAUAUUUUGAAGAUUGUCAGUUCGUUUCCUACAAUGAAGAGCAAUUGCGUGAAGUUAAAGAUGAGUGGGCUGCUUAUGUUUUUUACAAUUGUUUUUAGUAUUUAAUCUAUUGGAUAGUUAUCUAUGAGAUGGUGGUAGAUGAAGUUAAGGACGUGGUUGAGAUAUUAUGCACUUUAGAAAUUGCUUCGAAUUUAUGAAGCUUUUGAUAUUUAGAUAUAUUGGUUUUGAUA